AUGCGUGAGAAAUCGGAGCCAAUUGAAGGUCAGAGCGCAGAGGAAGAGGAGGACACAGGAGGAACAUGUGUUGUAUGGGUGGCGCUGAUUGAUCCACUGGUCACCGUCUCUGGAGCAGAUAAACAAGAUUUUUCGGCCCAACGCCCAACUCCGGAAUUACGCAACGAGUCGACUGUAUCCGCGUGCUCCUUGGCCAAUGAAAUCGGAGAUGCCUUGCAAGAUCCGUCGCAACUCCGAGCGGAUGUUAUCGAAUCCAUCCUCCAAACUCUCAUCCCUUGGACCUCUGAUUUAGCAGAGAACAAAACUUCAGAACGUACGUUUAUUCAACAGGGAAUGGCAUCAAAACUCACGAAACAAAAACCAUCCAGAACAACGAAUUCUGAAAUAUCUUUGACAAAUUCGAAACUGAUUUUAAUGAGCGAUGCUGGGUCUUACAGAACGAGAUCGGGCAUCGGCGGUGGCGGCAACGCUUUUGGAAGGAGUACGCCCACGGGAGGCAGCUUCGGCACUUACAGGAAUAAUUACACCGGCAUCGGAUCGGUUUCCAUGAGGACGACACCGACCAAGGAACGAAGUAUUGGUGUUUCUUACGCAAACAGAGGCACGGAAAAAGAAAGGUCGACCCCAAUCAGUACCAGUGGCAACAAGGUGUCGACCGGCGACUCGCGGCCAACGAGUCGGUGCUCCAGCCGAGCCAGUACCUCGUCCUACCUGGGCAGCUCCAACUCGUACUCGGAGUACGGCAAGGAGCCCCUCGCCUACCGAGGCCUGCGAGCCGCCAGCGUCGAGCCCUGCGGCACAAAGACCGGGGCCUACCGAGUCACCUACAGCCGCACUCCCACUUUCGGCAGAAGCGCCAAUUCCCCAAGUGCGGUCGAGUCCAUCUCGUCUGGCUCUUCGGCGACCCUACCGAGGUACACUGGCUCGUCGACAAGCGCGCGCUACUCCCUGCCCGCGCGAAGCAAUCCCGAGCGGCUGACCACCAGCAUCGGCUACGCAGGACCGGAAAAUUUUCACAGCCCCGUCGCCAAGGCACCCGCCUCUCCGGCUCCUCCCCCUCAUGACGACAUUCCCAGCAAAGCCCAGCAGCAGCGAGAUGAGAGCCCGAGCGAGGGGAAAAAGGAUGAUUAUAACAGCAAUGGACAACACAACGGCAACGAGGAUGAUGACGUGAUGGUGAUAUGUGUGGUGAUGCGGGGCACGUCGCCGACCCCACCGCCCGCGCUGACCGCCUUUACGAGGACCCGGAGACUCGAGCCCAUACCAAAGCCCGUGAGGCGGGAGGUGCGCAGGUCCGAGUACAGCAAGAAGAUCGUCCAGGAGCAGGAACAGCAGACCGAGCGCUCGGACGACUCGUCGACCUGCCGGGAGUCGAGGUACUCGAGGUACAGCGGCGCCAACAGCAGAGUGCCCUGGGUCUCGUCGUACCUGGAAAAAUUCACGGGCAGUCCCUCGAGCGGCCCCUGCGCCGCCUCCCCACCGCGUGCCAGUCUCGGGAACCGUGGCUACGGCUACUCGUCCAAGGACAGCAGCUCCUCGAGGUCGACUCCCUCGUCGACCCACGAGCAACACGGGGACCAGCAGCAGCGCAGCCGGAGCAGCUCGAGCUCGGGCCCAUCGAGAGCCAGUGCCAGCCGUGCCCCGUCGCCCAAGGUGGCCAGCCAAAGUGAGGGCAGGUCGUCGUCGAGCCGCGAGAGGUCACCGAGGGUCCCCGAGGGCCAAGAUCGGGGGGAGUCCUUGAGUCGAGCCUCGGACACUAGUGGCAGCUGCGCUUCCGCGAGCAGCAAACCCGGCAGCGUGUCGAGGAGUGGAUCCCUCAAGUCCGCCGUCGGCGUGCCAACUGGUGGCUCUCUCAGAUCGGCCGGUGGCAAGCUUGCGUCGUCGUCGUCAUCAUCGUCGUCUUCGGCCAACAACAGCGGCAGUGGUGGCGCAGCGCCGGUGACCAAAAUAAAAUCGGCCGGUACCACCACCAGCAGCAGUAGCAACGUUAGCAGCUGCGGCACGAGCAGUGGCCUGCCGUCGUCGAUUUCGGGUGGCAAGUGCGGCGCCAGCCUCAUCCCGGCUGGACCAGCGUCAGUGGGCUCGCGCCAAGCCGCGCCGUCGGACGCCCGCAAGCCCCCGGUGCCCAAGAUCCCCGAGAUGGUCGGGAAGAACACGGUGACAGUGGCCACGGCCAACAACAGCUCGGGCAAGUACGUCAACAAGGACUUCCGCAAGUCCGCCCUGAACAUGGAAAACGGUGAUCCCUCGAGGUCCCAGGUGGCCGAGCGCAAGCAGCACAAAAAGUGCCAGAGGAGCGUGUCGGCGAGCUCGCAGGACUCCCAGUCCGAGGCGUCGAUCAGGUCGUCCAACAGAUCGUCGCCCUCCCCGACCAAGUCUACCCCCCGAGCGCCCUCGUCCUCACCGUCCAACAAAUCGUCCAAGGGCGACCAGAAGAGUUCGGGGAUCGACGUGCGGAGGAGAAGCACCUGCUCGCAGUCCCCCUCGCCGGGCAAGAACAAACUGACCAGGUCGCCUGUCUCUACGUCCGAGUGCAGCUCUUCCGAGUCGUCCAACGACAACAGCGAAGAGGAGGGGGAGGAGAUCGGAGAGUCCAAACCAGGAGUGAAGAGGGCGAGAAGCCGGGCUCAGGUGAGCAGGUGUUCGUCGAGGACGAGCGUCCUGGCGUCCUCGGCGGACGAGUUGUCGGCGGACAGUAGGCCGCCAAAGCCACCCCCGAGUCCGCGCGCGUCGGGAAACAAGAGUAGCGGUGGCAGCCAAGAGGAGACCAAGUCGUUCCUCGCGAGGGCCUUGGGCCCCGUGGCCGGUCUGUUCAAGAGCCAGGAGAGCGGCCCGGAGAUCGAAAACGGUGGCUGGGCGGACGUGGGCAGCGAGGAGCACUCCGACUCGGGCAGGAACAACGGCUCCAGGGGUCCAGGCAGUGCCGAGAGGAAGCGGAGCGCGAGGUAUCAGUCGUCCGAGGAGAAGCCGUGGUGGCUGGAUCCGAACUCGGACAACGUGCCCGAGGGCGUUGACAAACAUCCCAACGACGACGUCAGCCAGGACACGACCGUCAGCACGACCCUCCCCGACGACGGGAAUUUCAAGUUCAAAGUCUGGCGACAGGAGUCGGGGGAGCGCGCCUGGUGGCUGGACGACAACGACGAUAACAACAACAUUCCCGAGGACGAGCCGUCGAUCGGCUGCCCAAACAACAGCAGCGGCCGCAAGGGCUCGUCGCGGUGCUCCUCCAAGAGCCAAAGAGCCGAGCGCGCCAACCGGCUGAGGCACCAGCAGUCGGGCGAGCGGGCCUGGUGGAUGACCGACGACCCGGACAACGUGCCCGAGGGCGUGGAAGUCAUCCCCGUCUCCUCGUCCGCUCGGGAGGAGCCCGCUGGCGAGGUGCCGAUCGGCAAGCGGAUCCGGCACAUCGAGUCCGGCGAGGAGCCCUGGUGGAUGAUGGACGACGCCUCCUCGGCUCCCGAUGGCGUGCGGCUACUACCUCCCGAGCCGGCCAGCACCUCCGACUCGUCCGAGUCGUUCGAGCGCCUCGAGAUCGGACUACCUACCACCGACCUCCUCGCUAGAUUCCCCGUUGAGGACCAGCCGCUCGGCCACCGCGCCAGUCCCGAAGGGAUCGAGAGCCCGCCAGAGCCGCCGGACCGUAGCUCGCCGUACGACAACGUGUCGAGCGAGGCGGUGCCGUCGCCGCGUCAGACGCCGCCGAGGAGAUCGGCACCGCGCAAGAGGCCGGCCAACCUGCCGCUGUUCAUCGGCGCCCACACGAACAUCGACGAUCUGUUGGGCAACGAGGACGACCUCAGCCGUACCACCGACCCGUCGAGCGCCGGUAGCACCAAGAGACAGCAGCGAGAUGUGCCGGACAGGGUGAAAAAGGACGAGGAGGUGUGCGAGGAGAUAGACGCAACGCAAGUGAUUAUUCACGACAGCACGCCCCAGACGCCGGUCAUCAAGCGAAGACACAGGGACGGUGACUGGCCACAACCCGACGGCUACAUUCCGCUCGACGACACGGCCCUACAGCUGUACAAGGACGGCGAUUACGGGGCUUACCUGGACCUCGAGGCGUCCAUCAGCGAGCAGCAGGAGGAGUUCGAGGGCUUCCAGACCAACCGAAAGAACUCCAUCGUUCUCAGGACCCAGCUAUCCGUUCGAGUUCACACCAUCAUAGAAAAAUUGCUGAACAGCGAGGGCCGCGAGCUGCGACGGGCUCUCUUCUCCCUCAAGCAGAUCUUUCAGGAGGACAAGGAUCUGGUUCACGAGUUCGUGCAGAAUGACGGACUGGCGUGUCUCAUCAAGGUCGGCAGCGAGGCCGACCAGAAUUACCAAAAUUACAUACUACGCG